UAUGUUGCAGUCCGGCAUCCUUGAUUUGCCUGCACAGCUGAUUACAUUUAUGUAAAUAUUAAUCGGUGCGUAAAAAUGUCGCUUUCACAGAAAUUAAAUGUUAUAUUUAAAAGAAAAUCUGUGAAAUAUGGAGUGCCUUUUUUAGUUUUAAUGGUUGGAGGCUCGUUUGGAUUAGAACAGUUCACCCGCCUAAGAUAUGAGUUUUCUCGUAAGCAGCCGGUAAGUCCUGAAGAAAUGGAAAAAUAUGGUGUGACAAUGAAAAAACCAGAGGAAGUGACACUGGACAAAGAAUAUGAAAGUAUAAAAAGCUUGAAUAUUGAUGACUGGGAGAACAAACGCGGUCCUAGACCAUGGGAGGAAACACAAUAGCAGAGAUAAAAUAUCCCUGCACAAUAAUUCAUGUAAAAGAAUGUGGGAAGAAAGUGUGUAACGAUUGUCGUUAAUAUAUCCACUAUUUGUAGAUUUUAAGUGUUUUAUCGUAAUAUUGUACUGACUUUAUAAAAUAAAUUAAAAAGUAAUUCUA